AAUGGUAUCCAGAGGGCAGGUGUGGUGUCAGGAGGGUCAGGUUCUUAGAUUUCAAACAGCUUAAUUCAAAUCACGUAUAAAGCCCUCUAUUCCAGAGAAAGUUUACAUGGACGGCUGAGAGAACCACAAGCUGAGCUAACAUCAGAACCCGGAAGAGGAAGUCCUUGGAAUCUGACUGCUGUUGCCAUGGUGCCCACAACUACCCCCUGGAAGCCAAAGGCAGGCUCCCCCAGCAAAGCAUCUCAUCCCAUAGGAGAAAGGGGUGAGCCCCGGGUGUCAUGAGAGCCUUCAAGAUUCGGGCUCAGAAGGCGCCGAGCCUCCAGCUCUCCCUUAGCUCAGUGGCCAGCGCAACCAGCAUUUCUCUGCUUCACUCUCGUCCUCUGUGAACGGCCCCUGUGGGCAGCAGGACUUCAGAACUGUGCUCAUCGCUGUCAUCGCUGUCAUCUGCACUAUCAUUCAUGAAAAUGUUGAAUUCACGCAAGAUUCGGAUGGAGCGCCGGAUUGUUGGUGCGACCAACCGAUGGCGUUUUCCCCAAGACCAUUUCUGCGGAGACCUCCUGGCACUUUCCCAGAUGUGCAAUGUUUUGAACGUAGACCUUGAUGAUGCUCUGAAGAACCCAGACAAAUUAUGUAUUUCAAAAUUCCAAAAGCUUUUCACCGAGAGUAUCAUGGACAGUGGCACCCAAAGUGGGGAAGCAGACGUGAUCCUCGACUGCCUUGGCUUCAAGUGGGAACUCCACCACCCUCAGAUUUUUCAAUCUGAGACCUUGGCCAAGCUCUACUUGACAGCCUUGAUACAGAAUACAAAAAGCUCCCAGAGGGAUCUGGAAAAGAUUCUGAAAGUCCAUUCAACUGAGAGGAUGAAGAAAAGGUCCCCAGUAAAGAAGAUCAUCAUUUCCUUGAGGAUCAAUGACCCAGCAGUCACCAGAGUCGCCUUCGCCCUGGCCCUGAAGAACCUCUACAUGAACGAGGUGGAGAUGACCGUGGACAAUGUGCUGGGCGUGCUGGCUUCUGCUCACAUCCUCCAGUUCAACCGACUCUUUCGAAACUCUCCCCACAGGUGUGUCAGCACGAUGUUGAACAGACUCACGCCUUGCACUAUCAAGAACUUCUACUUGGCCGGCUGCAAGUACAAGGAAGAGCAGCUCACCAAUGCCUGUGAGAAGUGGCUGGCAAUGAACUUGGUCCCCCUAGUGGGGACACAGAUCCACCUCCGACACAUCCCUGAGCCUCUGCUGUACAAGGUGCUGAAGUCUCCCAGGUUAUUUACCUUCAGCGAGUUCCAUCUCCUGAAAACCUUGCUCAUGUGGGUUUACCUGCAGAUGAACGGCAAGGUGCAGACACUCCCAAUCCACGAGACCAUGCUGGCAUUUUUUAGCAGCUUUCCCAAGAAAAGCUGCUUCCUGGAACAGGACCCAGGACACAGUUGGAUGCCGCUCUUCCUUUGCCUGCGUCUGCACGGCAUCACCAGUGGCAAGGAUCUGGAGGAGAUAAAGCACAUUAAUUUCUUCCCCGAGUCCUGGCUGGUCCGGGUUACAGCCAACCAUUAUCACGCACUGGAGAGUGGAGGCAACAUGGUCCACCUGAAAGAUCUUUCUACACAGGCCAUGAGGUUCGGGCUGCUCUUCAGGCAGGAAUACACCACUUACUCGGAAACGAUUUCUAUAUACGGAUACUUCUUUGAGAUAAAGGGAAUCAAACACGACACUACCUCUUACAGUUUUUCUAUGCAGAGAAUAAGACAUACAGACUUGGAGUGCCCCUCCUCAGUCUGUGAGCACAGCACCAUCAGCCUGAGGUCAGAGCGCCUGGUGAAGUACGAGAUCCGAGCCCAGACGCUGGUGGACGGCAGGUGGCAGGAGUUCGGGACAAACCAGAUCAUGCAGAAAUUUGGGUUUAUCAAGCCAGGCUGCAAAAGUCACGCCCUGAAAAUCCAAACCGUGGGCAUCCCGAUCUACGCCAGCUUUGCCUUUAUCUUCCCAGCAUCGUGACAGCUUUCGUAGGAAUCUAGGUGAUCCCUUUCCCUGACCGACCUAUCUCCAUAAGAGGAAUAAAGAUGACAUUAAAGAGG